AUGCUACCCAAGCGGCCUUCGGAGCGAUGGAAGCGCGACGAGGCCAGCACCAAGAGCACGCGCGAGCCGGGGCUUCGGAUCGUCUCGAUGGCCCACGCGGUCUCCAAAUACGGCUCGAUCGCAUGGGAACACAAGGUGGCCUGGCCGUCCUCGAAUCCGUGGCACGAUCGUGUGUGGGCGACGAGCCAUGCCGACGGUCCAGGCACGUAUACGCUCGUCUUGACCGACGAUGGCUCGUUGUACGCACAAGGAAUGCUUGUACCGGCGUCGACGAACCCGUCGUUGCCCGAUGUCGACGACCGAGGCCCGCGCUUCAAGCAGCUCUUGACUCCGUUGCACGCUCCGCCGCAUGUUCUGACGCCAAUGCACCUCAAGCUUCCACUGCCGAUCGUUGCCAUCGCCUGCGGGGCUGAGCAUGCGACCGCAAUCGCGUCCAACCGAUCGAUUUUUGCAUGGGGCCACAACUCGUGUGGACAGCUGGGGCUCAGCGUCCGCCUGCAUCAAGCCACGGGACGGAGCCAGUACCGCCUCGUCACGGGUGCCUUUACGACGGCGAUCGUGUUUCCAGAUGUGGUGUGGGUGUGGGGCCGUCUCGCGUCCCUGGACCUAUCGCCGUCGCCCGACCCAAGAGAAAGUCCGCACGUCGCGCGCAUCUUGGCCAUCGACGGACCGCUCCUCGAUGUUCAGUUUGGAAUGGACCAAGCGUUGGCGUUGACGCACAGCGGCUCUCUCUACACAUGGUCGACUCGAUCGCACGCCGGUGUGCUCCCCGUGCCGAUGCCGGAGCGGCCCGUGCUCCAGAUGGCGCUUGGCAGCAGACACGCGCUGGCGUUGACGAAAGCGGGUCACCUAUACGCCUGGGGUGCGAAUGCCUUUGGGCAGUGCGGUGUCGGAAACUUUGCCUCGAUGAUUCCUUCGCCGCAGCGCGUCCUGGGGGUCCCCAUGCUCAGCAAGGCCAUUGUGCACUUGACGUGCAUGGGCCAUGCGUCCUUGCUGCAGAUCGACAAUGGUCUUUUGAGUUUUGUGUGGGGGGUCAUCGGACCGGUGCUGUGCACACACACGCCCGUGGAGCUCCUACCGUUUCGCAAGGCGCCACCACCGACGCCCCCCGUUCGCGUCCUCGGGACCCCGCAGCUACUCGGUUUUGAGCGGUCUCUGCCCAAGAAGACAAGCCUCUUCACGCUUGGUCCCAUUGUAUGCAAAGGUCGCGAUCAUGUCGGCGAUCUCGUGAAAGUGCACUCGUCCCGCGGCGCGCUGACCAUUCAUCCCAUCUACGAGCACGCGGCACCGGCGCUAGCGGUGAUAGCGACGCCACUGAACGCUGCCAAGGCCGUCUUGACCAUCUCGCCCGUUGAAACAAGAACCAAAGGACUCUACGCGAGCUGGUUUCACGCACAGCGCAGCGGCGCGUGGCAGCUCUGGCUCGCGUCGAGCCAGGAAACGGCUUCGCUCGUCGUGGGCGGUCCCUGGACGCUCAAGAUUCAGCUGUCCGAGACUCUGGCGCCGAGUCGCCAGACAGCCCCCGCCUUCCACCACCCGCGCCUCUCCCACGUGGCGAUGCAGACAAGUUGUACGUCACUUUUGUGGCAUGCGAUUUCGCCCGAGCUGCCGUGUCGCGUGACGAUGGACCAUCCUGUCUUGCUACGGUUCGACCUCGCGGGGUGCACCGACCUCAGCGACGACGAGUGGGUCGUCGAGACGUCGGGCGCGACGGUCGCGACGACCUCGCAUGCCGUCGAUCGCGUGGCCGCGACGAUGCUGGUCACACUCAAGUACAUGAGCGCGGGGACGUCGACGGUGGUGCUUCGCCGCAGCGGCCGCGCGCGACUGCAACGCAAGGCGCCGAUGACGGUGGAGGUGCAUGUCACGUACAAACUUGUGUCGGUGCUGCGGUGUGUACAGCUGCACCGGCUUGCGAUACAGUCGUAUCUCUGCAGUGUCGACGGUUCUAUACCCAAGCUUUGCGCGUGGAUCCAUGGCCACAAGGAGCUCUCGGUGUAUCUGCAGCACUCGGUGAUCCUCGAAGUGCUCACACAACGCCGCAUCACGUAUGGCUGGGACGUCUGGCGCGAUCUUCAGACCGAGCUACAGCAGUGGGCGAUCGUUGCGUGGCUGGAUUUCGACGGGCUCCUUAAGAACUCGACGCCACCAUCUCAAUGCCCGCUUCUGGCCGACGCAACGUGGUUCCUAUCGACGUAUCCAGAGCCGCCGACACUGCACGGCGCAGGGCUAAGUGCCCGCCCGCGCCCUUCAACGCCCCUCUCGAUGCAGGACCUCGUCGUGCCGAGAAGCACGCAGUCGGAAGCCGCGAUCUUGCUCGAUGCCCACCCGUCGGUCGUGCUGCCCAUUGCGGCCAAGUACACGCUUUCGGGCGAUUUUAUUUUGGCGACUGCCCACCACGAAGCUAUUGAGAGCAGUUGGAGUGGGCUCUCGGGGCCACUGCACGAGCUGCGACAGCUCUUGCUGGAGCGACGUCGAUCGGCGCAGCGCUCGCUCCGAGAUCUCUACCAUCAUUUUCAUCGAGACCUCACGUCAGCGGGUGAGGGGUUUGACUUGCGAGCGUUUCGUGUCGCUGUCAACGACCUUCGGAUGGCGCUGACGCCAGAAGAGAGCUACGAUGCGUUCCAGCGCCUCUGCGUCGACGGAACGUCGCAUGUGAGCUUCGGCGCCUUUCGCCUCUUCGUCCUCGAGCCAACGUUUCAGAGCUUUUGGCACAGCUACGCGCCACGCGUGGUGGCGGCCAUUCGAGCACACGACAUCACGCUCAUCGAUGCAUGGACAAAGCACUUUGAGUCGGCCCACGAGCAGUUGCAGACAGGCAGCGGCUAUGAGACGGUGCGCACGGCCCCCAGCGGCGACAUGGACUGGGAGGUAUUUGCCCACGGGCUUCUUCUGCUCGUGCCGUCAACCUCCCCGCGCGACCUCAUCCGCCUUGUCUACCGCUUUGAUACAAGUGGCGACGGCGUCGUGCAUGCGGCGAGUCUCCUGCAUGCGCUUCAUCAAUGGGCCACGACGAUGCUGGGUGCACCACGGCCCGAGAGAACAUCGUCGAGUGUUGUUUUGGCGAGGGACCGGCCCCAGGUUGACGCCUUUUCGAGCCACAAGGCGGUGCAAAAGCUGUAUCGAUCCCGUGCCCAAGCGUAUGCGCUCGAGACGUCCGACGACGCAGCUCUCUUGCGACAAGGCAACGAACUAUUGACAAAAACGACCAAGAAGCCCAUGCACUGGCUUCUCGAACAAGGUCUGAGCUUUCGACCGCAAGCUCGAGGACACGCUCGCGACAAGCCCGAUGUGUACGAUGCCGCAGAGCUCUCAGUGGACCUACUGAAUAAUUGAUGGACUGGAUAGUUGAUGGAUAACUAUCAUGCGCUAUCCACGUGUGGUAUCUUUCG